UCCACCAGGAUCAGCUUGUGAAGUUGAUCGUGAGAACAAAGACUCAUGAAAAUUCAAUUUCGGUAUUACAUCCCCCCCCCCCAACCCCAGAAUUAAUCUAUCACCGAGGGAAUGACCUCAGAAAGGUCCCCAUCCUCAUGUUUACAUUCAGUCGUAACACCAGUCCCAAACCCUCGAGUGUUUCCUCCAAUUUCACAACUAAAAUUUCCAAAAUGGCGAUGAGAAAACCCCCCACAUUCACCGAGAGAAUGCUGAGAAGGGCCUCAUCACGUACCCUCCCUCGUCAGCAGAAGGUGAUAGAGGCGAUACAGGACGAAGUACCUGUUCCAGAAGCUGUUGUCGUCACCGAGACAAAGGACAAUUCCCUGAUCUCCGCAUUGUCGACUGAGAUCAAGAACUUGGAACGACAAAUCCAGACUUUGGAGAUGGAGAGGGCAGAGCUGUCCCUGGACCCAUCGACGAGCAUUCAAUCCCCAUCGUCGAGGGUUGAAGACGUCCAGGAGCUGCCUCCAGAGGCUGAGGCAACUGGGGAUGAGACAAAGGGCAUCAUCGAAACCCCUAAACUCCCCAGGAAGGCCCUCAGACCCAACAUGGAGUCCACCAGGACUUCGCUGCUGAUCGAUGAUCCAGGUCCCACAAGUGCUGAGACCCAGAACCCAAUGCAGGAGAGCACGAUAUCCUCAAUCAGAGAUGGAGAGGGUGGUGAUAAGGGGGUGCCCGACGAGGUGAAGAAUUUUCUGGAUGUUGCUCUUGGGGAUGAGCUGAAUAACACGACUGUGACUUAUGGGGAACAGUCUGGGGGAAAGGAUCGAACUAAUUCCCAUUUCAACGCCAGUGAAUUGAUAUCUGAAGAGAGGUCACCCCUUGACAGAAGGACAACUAGUCUCAGGAAGGACGAGAAGAAACCUGAGGUGGUGGGGGAGGAGGGGGUGGCCAAGGAGACAAAGGACACUGGCACCAUCAACAGAAGUUUGAGGUUCUACAGGUCAUUGUCCCAAAGAAUUAAGAAAAAAAUCAGAUCUACCUUGAAACGAAGAUCUCCAGAGGUAACUACCCCCCCGACCCCUCCCCAGAGGUUAAUCCUGGAGGACAAGGGACGAGAGAAUGUCCCAGAUGUUAUCCUGCGACGUAUUACGAUGCAGCAAAGUGUCAUUGAACAAGCUGGCAAAGCACUGGCUGUCUGUCGUGCUAACAAAGAAUUUGCUGGUAGUUCAGAGGAAGCUGAAUCAGAACGUCUGCUUCUCAUUGGGGAAAUUCGUAAGUGUUUACUUCAGGAUGAGUUCUACAGACUGAGCAGACGAUCAGGGGAGACUUCACGUCUGGAAGAGGCCUUGGAGAUCGCAGAAUGUGCACAAGUGACUGUUCAACAUGUUAAUUUGAGCCUUCGUGAGUGUCUCAUGAGGGAGCCAUCACCUGGGGACAUCAGUGAGUGGUUUGUUGUCGUUGUCAUCGAGGGAACUAAUGUCUGGGGGAGUUCACCAGUUCCUCGGCCUUUGGAGUCUUUGGUUUUGGAGGUUAAGGAUUUUAUCUGCAGAAUUGAGAACUUGAAACCCAAUUUCAAGAUCAUCCUGAAGAUCUAUGCACUGAAGCUGAAGUCUGGGGAGGUUUUUAAUCAUGAAGAGAAGUAUCAUAUUGUGCCUUCUAGACUGGGGAACACCUUCGCCUGUCCCUCGCCCACGAAGUUCUUGAAGAAAAUGGAAAAACACGCGUCACCCAGGGGGGGUCAGCAGACCCAGAGCAUUUCAUCUUCUUUUGUCAAUUGUGGACAAGUGAAUUUUGGCCUGAAUGACCUGGGCCUGUCAUCUCCAUGGCCACUGACUGGUGUUCCUAAUGAGUCUGUUCUCCUGGGGACAAUCGAUGUUAAUUUGUCCUGCAGACUUCGCCUGUCUGUCUCUCAUCAGGGAUUCGUUAAUUAUGGAGGUGAGGCUGGAGGGUCUGUUGUCUGGAACAGGAGGUGGUGUGUUCUCAAGGACAGUAUGAUGAUGUUCUGGAAUUAUCCCAGGGAACAGGAGUCCAAGGCACCUGUCACGAGCAUUGACCUGUCUCACUGCACUGAUGCAGUUGUUUCAGAAGUUGAUAGAGAACUUUGUGCUAAACCUAGAACUAUUGUCAUGGAGACUGUGAGGAUGCGAGAGGUGGGGGAUGUCGACAGUAUGUUAAUUAGUUGCAGACAGCGUUACGCAGUCCAGAGACAUUUGUUGUCUUACGACACCAGGACAGACCUUGACGAAUGGAAAACGAUGAUCAAUCAGGUGAUCACUGCAUUGAGACAAUGGAAUGUCACUGUCAUGAAGGACCCCCCCACGUCUCCGAUGAUUUCCGAAAUUUAAAUGAA